UUGGUUCUAACCAUUGUGUCUCGUUUUGGAGUUGGAUGUCAACAGAAGAGGCAGUAAAAAAUAACAAGCUUCAGGAAUGUGGAAGUUGUAAAUUUUAAACAAGCUAAAGGUCCUACAAUUGUUAAUGCUGCCUGAAAAGCGGUCCAAGAAGAGGAUGGCUGAGGAGAGUUCAUCGAAGCCUGACAAAUUAAUGGCAGAACUCGAGCUUAUGCAAUCAGAGCUCGAACAAGUCGAUGUGAAACGAUCGCUAUCCUCAAGGAAUGAAACCGUAACUUAUAGACCAACUUACCGUGCUGUCUUAGCAAAGAAAGGAUAUUUAGUGAAACAAACUCUUGGAAGCGGAAGUUAUUCCAAAGUCAAGUAUGCACAUUGCUUUAAGAGCGAUCGUGAUAAAGUUGCUGUAAAAAUAAUAGACAGAACAAAAGCACCGAAAGAUUUUCAGCACAGAUUUCUUCCUCGUGAAAUGGAGAUAUGGCCUAAACUUCGCCAUCCUCAUAUUAUUCGUAUGCUAGAUAUUUUCGAGGAUAGUAGACGUGUGUAUAUGAUAUUAGAGUUUGCAGAAAAUGGUGAUGUUUUGAGAUACAUUCAGCGUAAUGGAGCUAUCAAAGAUAUAAUUGCUCGUUCUUGGACACGUCAGAUUUGUGAAGCAGUACGAUAUCUCCAUGAACAAAACAUUACUCACAGAGAUCUCAAGCUGGAAAACCUUCUAUUAGAUGGCACCCACACGAUAAAGAUAUGUGAUUUUGGUUUCGUUAAAGAGGACUGCAUGCGGGAUCUUAGCAGAACAUACUGUGGCUCAAAGUCAUAUGCUGCUCCAGAAAUUUUGAAAGGAGAGCCCUAUGAUCCUAGAAAAGCAGACAUUUGGGCUAUUGGAGUGAUUUUGUAUAUUUUUGUUACCGGUAAAAUGCCUUACGAUGAAAGUAAAGGAAAUCAGGGUGUGUUAGAGGAACAUAAACGUUUGAACUUCCCAUGGCAAAAGUUUAAGAAAAACGUCUCAGAUGAUUGCCGUUGUUUAAUUUUGUGGUUGUUUUCCUAUGAUUAUAAAGACAGACCAGAUAUAUAUGAGCUCCUUGGCUCUCCAUGGUUUAAACAAGAUGUGAAAAUACGACCCGAAAAUGUCAAGAUGGAAGGAGCAAGUCGGAAAUCGGAGAAACAAGACAAGGAAGCGCCCUCUACAAGUGAACAAUCUGGGUAAUGAAAAUUGUGAUUCGUUCGUACUGGAUUUUGGUAAUCAUUAUUUGUAUUUUGGAAAUAAUUAUAAACGGUUUAGAAAUGUUUUUCCUUUUAUAAGUGCAAUACUUUCAACUUUUCUAUAGGUGUAUAUUUUGUAAUAUUUUGAUAAGAUAGCAUAUUAUAUUGUAGGUGAUUAUAUUUUUCAAUUGUAAUACUUUGUUUAUAUGGUACUGUUUAUUUAUAUUGCAUUUGCAUGAGUGUUAAAAUUUAAUAAUAAAAAUGAUAUUUAA